UUUAUCGGCGAUCGUCAGAGCACACUUGUCACAGUUUGCAGAUUUCGUUUUCCCUUGGCAGUCGGAGAAUUUGUCUCAAAAUUCAAAAUCGGACGUAAUCAGUUUUAAAAUUGGAAAUCAAGACGUGUGAAAAUUGGUAAAAAUUUGGAAAAAGCUGAAUCUGAUGGCAAAAGACGGAAUAUUUUGAUAAAUUCGGGGAAUGGAGUGUCCCAUGGAAUAUGCGGUUUUUAUCCGACCUUGUGGCGAUAAUAAAUUUGAACAAACACCAGUCAUCGGUCAUAGUCGAGCGAGAGAAAAUCUUAGAACGUGCAUCCCGGCACACGCGUUGCCAUAUUGCGUAAGGCCCUCGUUGGCCCGUCAAAAAUGUUAAAUUGCGGCAAAGUCAUCGGACAAUUGUCGAAAAUUUCGAGGCACGCACACGGAAAUCACCUUCAGGGACCAUUAAAAUAUGUUGGGACUAAAACUAGAAAUAGUAUUGUAUGUAACUUCCAUACAUACGAUGCAACUUUUCCUUUAGGUAUUAUUAGUGUCGAUUCGUCGAGACAUGAAAGCACAAAAGGUAAAAAACCUUAUAGGUUUUCGGGAUCGACCUUAAAAGCCGAAGAAUGUGUGCCUUCAGCGCAACGUCCAGAGGAAAAAAAACCACCACCUACAAUCGCAUCUCCAUCCUGCGAAUUAGGACCAAAUCCUAACUGUCCUCCUAGUUGUCAUGACACUUGUUCAGCUUUUAACACACCAGAAGGAGGUGGUGAUCAGGGCAACAAUCCGUUUAAAUAUUGGAAGGAAGUUCUGCUUGCUUUAAUUCUCACGGGCGUAGCCAUUGUUACGGUCUCGCAAUUAUCACCAAAUAAAUUGGAAUCUCCGAAGAAAGUAAAAAAAAAGGAUACAAAAGGCGAAAAAAAGAAGAGGAGAGAAGUAGUGAAAAGUCCUCUAGAUUCUAGCCUUAUUCCAUCAGAAGUUCCUUAUUUGUUAAUAGGAGGAGGUCCUGCCUCAUUUUCAGCAUUUAGGUCAAUUAAGUCUAGAGAUCCCAAAGCCAAGGUUUUAAUUGUAACGGAAGAGGGCUACAAUCCCUACAUGAAACCUCCCCUGUCCAAAGAAGUUUGGUACGACAAAGAAAGAAAAAGUUCCACUCAGUUUAGUUUCCGACAGUGGCACGGCACUCCACGAAGCUUUUUCUACGAACCUCCCGAAUUUUUUACACAAGUAGAUAAACUGAAUGGAUUAGAAAAUGGAGGAGUGGCAGUCGCGAGUGGUUGGAAAGUGAAUAAAAUUGACGUAAAUAAAAAAAUUGCCUAUCUCGAGGAUGGUCAUGAAAUUAAGUACAAUAAGUGUCUCCUCGCAACUGGAUCAACGGCGAAAAAUCUCGAAGUAUUUGAGUCAGCUGAGAAUGAAGUUAAGCGAAAAGUUCUUCCCUACAGGACUUUAGACGACUUUCUCGAGUUGGAGGAAAAUGUACAUAAUCCAAAUGUUCGCAACAUUGUUAUCAUUGGAGGAGGAUUUCUGGGAUCUGAACUUGCCUGCUCUCUAGCUCAAAAUUUGGAUCGUGAAAAGAAGAAAGUAACUCAAAUUUUUAAAGAAAAGUUCAUAAUGGCGCAAGUACUUCCUGAAUAUCUGAGUGAGUGGACGACGAAUAAAGCCACGGAAGUUGGAGUGAGUUGUCUGGGUAAUACGGAAGUGAAGGACUUUGAAAUGAAAAAUGGAAAACUAAUGCUCACCCUUUCUGGAGACGAAGUCAUGGAGACUGAUCAGGUAAUAGUAGCGGUAGGAGCCGAGGCGAAUACAGAUUUAGCAAAAGUUUCGGAAUUGGAAACGCAUCCAAAACUCGGCGGAUAUCUCGUCAAUUCGGAAUUGGAAUCAAGAAGCAAUCUCUGGGUUGCUGGAGAUGCGGCCUGUUUUUACGAUAUUAAACUCGGAAGAAGAAGAGUCGAGCAUUAUGAUAAUGCCGUUAUAUCUGGCAGAUUGGCUGGCGAAAAUAUGACUGGUGCAGGAAAACCCUAUAAACAUCAAUCAAUGUUUUGGUCCGAUUUGGGACUCGAGGUUGGUUAUGAAGCAAUCGGAAUUAUUGAUUCCACUUUGCCAACUGUAGGAAUCUUUUUAAAAAAGGGAGAGAAAGUUAAAACCUGCAAAGAACCGCAAGCUUCACAAAAACAAGCCUUGCAGGCAGAGAAUGUUUCCCACGAAUCGGAAGAAUCAAAAACCGAAAAUUCUGAAGAAUCGAAAACUGAGAAUUCGGAAAAAUCGAAAACGGAAAAUUCUAAAGAAUCAAAAAUCGAGAAUUCUGGUGAAUCCAAAGCCAAUAAAUGCGAAAAUUUGGAUUCGUGUGAGGGAGUCGACGUCGAAUCGGAAACGGUUCCAAUUCGGAAAAAGUUUGACUUUGACAAAGGAGUUAUAUUUUACCUAAGAGAUGACAUCGUCGUCGGUAUUGUACUUUGGAACAUUUUCAAUCGAAUGUCGAUAGCCCGACAGGUUCUUGCCCGAGACACGAAGUACGACGAAUUAACCGAAAUAUCAAAAUGGUUCACAAUCCAUGAGGAUUGAGGAAGCGGUGUUAUUUAAAAAUAAACUAACAAUAGUUGAGUCUCUCUGUUGUAAAUACUCGAAUAAUUGUGCCAGUCGCUCAACUUUAAAAAUAGAAGCCUCACGAAAGAAAGAAAGGAAAAACGAGUAUCAAUUCGCAUUUUUCCCUCUGAAGGAAAAAGGCAAAACUGCAUUUAUCCACAAUUCUGAAACCGAAGCUGUGAAUGACAAAAAUAAAAUCGAGAAGGAAGGAAAUUUGAAAAGAGAGGCUUUUUUAUUUUUCGAGAGACUUCAAGUUUUUUACAUCGAGAUGUGCAUUUUUUAAUUGUGAAAUUGAUUUAUUUUACAAUUAGACUCGUCAUUCGUCAACGUCUGUACAAAAUCUGGAUUCCAUUUUAUAUUUCCACAUAAUUCUGGUGAAUUUUAAAAGUGAUUCGGCUCGGGAAAAUUGAUUUUCCGUUGUGAAAGAAUGGGAAGAAGUUUGCCGCUGUACCGUUUGCCCAAUCUGUCCAUGUAUCCAAUUUGACUGUGACAACGGUAAUCUUCUAGAAUCUAAGAAAUGUCUUUUGUACAUAGGUUCUUUGAGUAUUAAACGACAGAUUAAAAAAAAAAAAAAA